AUGGGUGAGGUGAAGGCCAAGGGCAUUUGUGAUGGCCAGGAAAGGUGUCUCCAGGACGCUUGCUACCUUUCUUGGUACUGCCAGACCCCUAUAGAGGCUCAGAAGAAUAGAAGUCUUCGACUGUGCAGCUACAGCCUUUGCCUUCCUUAUAGCCAAGGGCCAGUGGGUGAGGUGUUGGGAAAGGGACAUGGCUACCAAAUCCUGGCCAAGGGCACCCACAAGCUGGAGGGUUUCAACCCUUUCCCACAGGAGGAGACAAGGACUCUGUGCAGCACCACCCAUGAUACCCAUGCUCAUUCCAUGCUCUUGGUGAGCAAUGAGCAGUGUAGCUGUCCUUCCUGUGCUCUGAAAGGGAUGACARGAAACUUCAAGUUCCAGAAGCUGCCACCAUGGGCUCCCAGGGAGAAGGUGUGCCUUACACCAAGCUGCUCCUAUGUCCGGGGAAAUGUAGCUUUUCUUCCGGAGAACACUACGUGUGCACCAUGCUGCUUGGAAAGCUUGUGUAUUCCAGCAGUUUGUCAGUUUCAGGGCACCUCUUCUGCAACAGUCCCCRGCAACUUGAAGACAGAGAUUUACUGCUGUGACACGGGACUGCUGUGCUUUGCAGAGGAUACAGCCAAGGCACCACUUUCUGUGACUGUCACCAUGGGGACCCCCACCAAGGCAGCCGGGUCCCCACAGAUCACCAGCGCUCAGCCAGCUCUUCUGAGAUGGCUUUCCUGUCUCUCCACUAUCCCUAGAAGCUCCCUGGGCCCUCUACCUGAAGAUUCCUGCAUCCCCAGCUUCCCCAAGUCCAUGUCUGUUCCAGAGAUGCCCUGUCCCCUCACACAGUGUCCUCCAGGGACCAUCCCAGCGAGAGGACUGGACAAUGCCAUGACCUCUGCCAUCUGUUGCUUACUUGAAAGGGAUGCUCAGGCACCUCCAACUCUGGGAUUUCGAGUCCACAUGGCUUCUGGAAUGGCUGUUUGUCUGCUGAUGGAAUUUGGUGAUGGUUCUGGAGUUGAAAUGAGCCUCUAUAACAUGUCCACAACAACAGAGGUGACUGCCUACCACCAGUACAGGAAAGAAGGAGUCUAUAUGCUCAGGACUGUUAUUUAYGAGUUUCAUGGAACCAAAGUGGAGCUUGGACCUUAUUAUGUGGAAAUAGGUUGUGAGGCUGUGUCUGUGUUCAUGAAUUCCAGCAGUGUCCACCAGGGUGAAGUCCUUGUUUUUGCUGGCUCCCGCCUGAAGCAGAAAAGCACUGUUGUGAUACAUCAUAUCCCAUCCACCUCUUCAUAUAAAGUGUCCUUUGUUUCUCAAACCCUAGUGGGUGACUGUCAGACUUGGACCAGCAUGACUGUUUGGUACAAGAUGCAACCUGUCUCUGUUUACACAAACGGAACAGUGUUUGCUACAGAUGCAGACAUCACCUUCAUGGCUGUUACCAAGGAAACCAUACCCCUAGAGUUUGCAUGGUAUUUUGGAGAUGAUCCACCAGUGAGGACAACUUCAAGAAGCAUUCGGAGAAAGCUCCACAUCCCCCAGUGGUACCAUGUGAAGGUCAAGGCCUCCARCAGGAUUAGCAGUGUAGUCUCCAAGCCCCACAUCAUCAGGGUGCAGAAGAGAAUUGUAGCCAACCGGCUCAUGUCUACCACCUCAGCCCUAGUAAACACCAGCGUGGCCUUUGAGUGCAGAAUCAACUUUGGCACGGAUGUUGCCUUCCUGUGGAAUUUUGGGGAUGGCACUAUCAGCAUGGGGAGUGGCUCCAAUAGUCACAUCUAUAGCAGGGAAGGAGAAUUUAUAGUGGAGGUUCUUGUCUUCAACAAUGUCAGCUCUGCCACCCUAAGAAAGCAGCUUUUCAUUGUGCGUGAACCCUGCCAGCCACCCCCAGUGAAGAACAUGGGACCUGGGCGGGUCCAGAUAUGGAGGUCUCAGCCCCUGAGACUGGGAGUCACAUUUGAAGCUGCUGUCCUCUGUGACAUUUCUCAAGGUCUUUCUUACACCUGGAGCUUUAUGGACUCUGAUGGGUCCCCCGUCCUCCUCCCUGCUGCCAUCAAUGUCCACAGACAAACUAUCAUUCUCCCAAGCUACACGCUGGCGUGCGGGAACUACACUGCCAUCGCCAAGGUUCAGAUCCAGGGCAGUGUGGUGCACAGCAACUACUGCGUGGGUGUGGAAGUGCAAAGCAGGGCACCUGUCAGUGUGAUCUCGGAGGGCACACACCUCUUCAUCCCCAGGGCUACCUUGACCCCCAUCAUCCUCCAAGGAUCCCAGUCCUAUGAYCCAGACUAUCCGGGGGCUGCUCUCAGGUAUCAUUGGACCUGCACUGCUGCCAACUCACCUGGACAGCCCUGCUUUGACAAUUCCACUCCACACCAACUGGACACUGGGGCUCCCACCAUUUCCUUCACAGCAAAAUGGCUUAGCGAAUGCUGUGACCAGUUUCUCGUGACACUCAUGGUUUCCAGCUCUGGCAGGAAUUCUUCCAAGGCUGAGGUGUUCCUUUCCAUCAGUCUUGCUUUUGCCUUCAGAUUCAUCCACAUCUCCUGGGUCAAUUUUAAAGACAUCUAUGUCAAUUGGAAUGAAGAACUGUCUCUCCAAGCUGUGUGUGAAGACUGUGGAGAAAUACAAAAUCUCUCUUAUUCCUGGGAUCUUUUUUUAGUCAAUGCAACAGAAAAGAACAGAAUUGAAGUUCCCUUUUGUAGCACUGUGGGGCUGCUGGGUGCCUCAGCACUCGGAACGACUUUGAAGUCAUCAGAGUCAAAUCUUCUGACCACUGAGCCAAAUAUGACAGAUUCCAGUGGAUCACCCACGCUGUCUUCACGAGAGCCUUCACCCAUGAUCCACGGUCGGCUUGCCCUUUUAGUCACUAGGAGCACCUCUACAGAGUCCACUGUGGGUGGCCACCAGAUUCCUGCUUCUGGUGACAACACAGCCCUGGAGGAUCCUUCUGAGGAUGAGCCACUGGGCCCAGAGCUGGGGUCCCUUGAUGAAGGAGCCUCAACUGUGAGCCCCUCUGAGAGAAGCUGGUCUCAACCCAGCUUCUCACCUGCCCUUGAUGAUUUUGAAGCCUAUUACAGUGAUAUCCAAGAAGCAAUGCCAUCUAGAGGAAGACAGAGAGGGAACUACACAGGCCUCCCAGGACUGAGCACGAGUGCUGAGGAAGAGAGCCCUGGUGAGGGGGACAACCUAGUGGGCCCCUUUCUCCUCGCUGGCAGAGCUGAGCCUGCCCUUGUGAUCGACUGGCCCAAGGCCCUGAUCAGCAGAGCUGUUUUCCAAGGCUACACCUCAUCGGGUAUCACAGAACCUAUUGUGACAAUAAAACCAUACUCACUGAGCAGUGGAGAGACAUAUGUUCUACAAGCAUCUGUGGCUUCAAAGCAAGACUUACUAGGCAAAGCCCAGCUGUACUUGACAAUCAACCCAGCUCCACAGGACAUGGCCUGUCAUGUGCAGCCCCACCAUGGUCUGGAGGCCCACACCAUCUUCAGUGUGUUCUGCAUGUCAGGAAAACCGGACUUUCAUUAUGAAUUUAGUUACCAGAUAGGAAACACCUCCAAACAUACCCUGUACUAUGGGAGAGAUACCCAGUAUUAUUUUGCAUUGCCAGCUGGUCAGCCCUCAGACAAUUACAAAGUCAUGGUUUCUACUGAGAUCACAGACAGCAAAGGCUCCAAGGCACUGGCGUGCUCUGUGGCGGUGACUGUGCUGCCUCGUUUCCAUGGGAAAGACUGCCUCAGCGAGGACCUAUAUAAUUCCAGUCUGAAAAACCUGUCCACCCUCCAGCUGAUGGGGAGUUACAUGGAAAUGAAGAACUAUGUCACCAUGAUCACUGGGAUCCUGAGUCGUUUGGUUAAGGAGAACAGAAAUGCAUCGUGUGGUCAAUGGUCACAAAUACAGGAUGCAUUGAUUUCUUCUGUAUGCAAAUUAGCUUUUGCAGAUCAGGAAGAAAUAAUUCAUUCUGUUCUUAUGUUGAGAAAUCUUAUAAGCUUCUCUAACAAGUUAAGCUUUUUGAGUGCAAUGCACAUUCUCAAGUACACGCGGUCACUCCUUGCUCAAGGACAGCUCUUGGGAAGGUUUGUGGUUGACAGACAACUCAGGCUAGAACUUAUCCUUCUCAUCUCUGGAGUCUGGGAAGCCUCUGCACAGGAAAAAUUUAGAAAUGAGAACUAUCUACAAGAAGAAGGAAUGAAGAUUAUCUCAGAUGUAUUACUGGGCUGUCUUUCCUUGAGCCAUCAGAAUCAUCUCAUUGUGAAUGCUGGGCAGAUGGAGUUCCAGACCCUUCUUCAUCACAACCUUCAGCUCUCCAUCCAGAACCUGGGCUCUGUCCAGGUGUACUUACCUGGUGACCUGACAGGGCACAGUUCUGCUCAAGAGGGAAUGCAGAGCCUAUGCUACAUAAGCCAGCUCAUGUUCUUCAAGAAAAGCCCUUAUCCAGAAGCAGGAGCACCUGGGAAGGUUGGCGAAGUCGUGGGGCUCACCCUCUACAGCUGCUCCAGCAGGAGACCCAUCCACAGAGGACGGCUGAACACACCUGUAACUGUGGAGUUUGGGGAGGAAGACAGUCCAGAUAAUAAGAGAAAUAAAACAAAGUUUAUAUUGCUUCGGGAAAAGGUGAAUUUCCAUCAGUUCACUGGGAUAUCCCCAAAACCCCAGGAGUCUCUACAGAUACGAAUCGAGUUUUCUAAGCCCAUUACCAGAGCAUUUCCUGUCAUGCUGCUAGUAAGAUUCUCCAAGAAACCUACUCCCUCUGAUUUUCUUGUGAAACAAAUCUACUCCUGGGAUGAGCAAAUUGUCCAAAUUYACAUACCUGCUGUUCCACAAAAAGGUGCCAAUGUGGGAUAUUUAUCCUUGUUAGAUGCUGACUAUGACAGAAGACCUCCAAACAAAUACUUUGCUAAGGCAGUGAACUACACAGUACAUUUCCAGUGGAUCCAAUGCCUGUUUUGGGAUAAGAGAGAAUGGAAAUCUGAAAGUUUCUCUCCACAACCAGGAACUUCUCCAGAAAAAGUUAAUUGCAGCUAUGACCACCUCGCAGUGUUCUCUGUCCUGAGAAGAAAGCUGAAGGCCGGUUUUGAAGUGAACGACAUAUCCAGUUUACAGCAUCACCCUCAAAACCUACUUCCCAGUAUUUUUAUUGUGAUUUUUAUGAUUCUUUAUGGAUUUUUGGUUACUAAAAGCAGAUGUAUAGAUAAUCAUGAAAAAAAGAAAAUGGGAUACAUUUUUCUGCAAGAAUAUACCCCACCUGGCCACAAGUUGUAUGCUGUUGUCAUUGACACUGGCUUCCGGGCACCAGCUCGAUUUACCUCAAAGGUUUUCAUUGUUUUAUGUGGUGAAAAUGGACUUUCAGAAACCAAAGAGCUCUGCAGUCCUGAGAAGACCCUGUUUGAAAGGAAUUCCAGACACACAUUUAUCCUGAGUGCUCCUGCGCAGUUGGGCCCACUCCGGAAGAUCCGCCUCUGGCAUGACAGCCGUGGGCCUUCCCCGAGCUGGUUCAUUAGCCACGUGAUGGUGAAAGAGCUGCACUCAGGACAGAGCUGGUUCUUCCCUGCCCAGUGCUGGCUGGCUGCGGACCAAUGGGAUGGCCACGUGGAGCGAGAGCUCACCCGCCUGUGCCAUGGGUUGGGUUUCCAGAAACUGUUCUAUUCCAAGUUCACAGAGUACCUGGAGGAUUUCCAUGUCUGGCUCUCCGUGUACAGUCGGCCCUCUUCCAGUGGCUACCUACACACACAACGACUCACGGUGUCCUUCUGUCUGCUGUGUGUCUAUGCAUUCCUUGCAGUCCUGGUCACUGCAGGAGAACAUGAGCAGCUCCCUCUGGAUGUCGGCCCCACAGACAUCACUCUCCGAUCCUUUAGUCUGGGUUUCCUGUGCACCCUCCUGGCCUCCCCAGGGUCACAGCUCUUGGCACUGCUCUUCAGGCUCAGCAAGCAUUCUGUAUCAGCCAUUCCUUCUGGGAGUGAUGGGAGCAGAAGAAAGGCAGAAGGCAAUGGCAAAGCCUGCCCAUCCAUGGACUUGGAGGCCUGCAGGCCUGACCACCAGGGGACUUUGCAAAGGGAAAAGAGCCUCCACUCCCCUCCUGGCUUACAAGCUCCAAAAGGUGGUUUUGAAGGGCUCAUGCCCCAGUGGUCAAGAGCUGGCAUGCCUUGGUCAAACUCUGCAGCGUGGGCCAUUUGUGGAUCAGCUUCCCUAGCCUGUGGACUGGGGACAGGACUCAUAGGCUACAGGUUUGUUACGGCUCAGUGUAUGAGGUGGCUGCACCUGUUGUCCCUUUCCGUGGUCUGCUGCGUGUUUGUCACCCAGCCACUCAUGAUAUGCAUCAUGGCAUUGGGCUUUGCUUGGAAAAAAAAAGAUGACAACCAAUUUUUUGCUGAGUCUUUAUAUGAAGCAACCAGGAAUCUGGACUCGGAAUUGGAAGAACGUUCCAGAACCCAUGUUCCCCUUUCUCACAGCUACUGCAUUUCUGACUGUGCAAGGGAAGUUGAAAAAGUCUUGGCUGCCCGACAACGAGAACGCAACCUGCGCUGGGUGCGUCCACCAUCCAAGACUCAGCUCAGGGUCAUCAGGGAGAAGAUUAGGAAAAAGAGUCAUACGGAGGCAGCCCUAAGAGACAUUUCCAUGUACAUUCUCAUGCUGCUUCUGCUUUUGUUUAUAAUAUAUGGGAAAUUCUGCCCAGAUGAAUAUUCUCUCAAUCAAGCUAUCCGGAAGGAAUUUAUAAGAAAUGCCAGACAAUCCCUGGAGGGCCUGAGAAGCACUGAUGACUGGUGGGACUGGUGUCUGACGACGCUUCUGGAUGGGCUGCACCUGGGAGGCCCCUCCGCUGCUGCUGCUGCUGCUGCUCAGGGGACUCAGCCUGGAGCCCUUGGUGGAAAAUGCUACCUAAUAGGCACUUCAGUAAUUAAGCAGCAAAAAGUUUCUCUUUGCAGAAUACACAAGCCUCCCAGGCCAUUUUCAGCGCUCCUCGAGGACUCUCCUCCUACAUGCAGCCCUGCAAUUGGAGGUUUUGAGAACCAAAAUGUGACCCCUGGUGGUCCCAGGGUCUGGGGGUUGAGAAAAGAGGACUUCGUGCUCAGCCUGGGCAGAACAAGGCCUGAAGCCCAGGAGGCCCUGAAUGCACUCAGGGCCAGCAGAUGGAUCGACCAGAGCACCAGGGCUGUGUCUGUGCAUUUCACCCUCUACAACCCUCCAACCAGACUUUUCACGAGUGUGACCCUGAGCGCGGAGGUCCUCCCCACUGGGGAUCUUGUCCCCUCAUCUCUGAUAGAGUCCUUCCGAAUCUUCCGCGGUGACUCAGCCCUUUGGUAUUCCCUUGUGCUUCCUGAGCUGGUCUUCCUGGUACUCAACCUGAUUCACCUCUGCUUUCAACUCUGUAGAAUGGUUGAGGAGGGUGUCCUCGACUAUUGGCAAAAGCCAAGAAGCUGGCUGGAGCUCUCUGUUAUUGGAGUGACCCUCACCUACUACACAGCCUCCAGCCACCUCACCACACUUGCCGGGGAUGUCACUGACCAGUUCCACAAAGGAUUUUGUCAGGUGUCUGUGGACCUCAGUCUUAUGGCAUUGUGGAAUCAGCGGACACGAUGGCUCCAGGGGAUCCUCUCAUUCCUGUGGAUAUUGAAAGGCAUUUACCUUCUUGGCUCCCUAAACACCACAGUGUCCUGCCCUUCCAUGAUACGUUCCUCUCUCUCCAGAAUCUUUGCACCAGUGCUGAUGGGGGCCCUACUGCUGGCCACUCAUUCCCACCUGCACUGGUUUCUGCUCUUCACCUGGACACUGACAUCGGUCACCUUCUCAGAUUCCUUCCCCAGGCAGCUAUUUCAUUUUCCACUAAGAAGCCAAAAAGAUUCAUUCCACAGCCUUUCUGAAUCUGACCAGGAAGACAUGGCUCGUUACUGUGGGGCCCUCUUUCUGUUGACAGCCAUGUGGUGUUUUGGAAUGCUGAGAGGUUCCCUGGUGACUUAUUUCCAAAAAAGAAAAUCUUCUCACAGUAAAUCUCUUGUGAGAUUUAAAGAUAUCACUGCUUACAUAUGGGUGAAGGCCCUCACUUUUCUGGGUCUGGAAAUGCCAAAGCCGGAAGAAGCUCAGGUGGUUGCAGAUCAUAAUUAUUACUGGGAUGAAUUUGCAAGUCUGUUAGAUGAACUUCUGAUGAAGAUUGAUGGGUUGUCUGAAAGCCUAGAACUCUCUCUUCCAGAAAAACAACACAGGAGCACAGUGGAGGCAAGAGCAGAAGAGAGUCCUUUAGUGGGUGUUUCAGGCUACCAAGCCAUUGAG